AUGUUGAAACUAGCUGCAGUCAAGAAAACUUCGGUAUCCAAACCGAUAGCCAGAUCAAUAUUCAAAGCUUCAGCUACUUUUGCUAACAACAGGGCUUAUCGCCCAUUCAGCGCAACUCGAGUCAUUACUAGCUCUAGCUCAACUAGAGCUUAUUCCACAAAGUCAACUGUUAUUCAAUUAUUAAACAACAUUGGUUCCAAAAGAGAAGUUGAACAGUACUUGAAAUACUUUACUUCAGUCAGCUCGCAACAAUUCGCUGUCAUCAAGGUCGGUGGUGCAAUUAUAACCCAACAAUUGGAUGAGCUAGCGUCAUGUUUAGCUUUUUUAUACCAUGUUGGUUUAUAUCCUAUUGUUUUACAUGGUACGGGACCCCAAAUUAACGAAUUAUUGGAAAAUGAAGGUGUUGAACCUGAAUAUAUUGAUGGAAUCAGAAUCACUAAUCCAAAGACAAUGGAAGUGGUACGUAAAUGUUUUCUUGAACAAAAUUUGCGUUUGGUUACUGCUUUGGAAAAAAUCGGUGUCCAUGCACGUCCAAUCACAGCUGGUGUUUUUCAAGCUGAAUACUUGAACAAGGAAAAAUAUGACUUGGUUGGUAAAAUUACCGGUGUUAACAAAGCGCCAGUUGAAGCUUCAAUUAGUGCCGGGUAUUUGCCCAUUUUGACCAGUUUGGCUGAGACUCCAAGUGGUCAAUUGUUGAAUGUCAAUGCCGAUGUUGCUGCCGGGGAAUUAGCUAGAGAAUUUGAACCAUUGAAAAUCGUUUACUUGAACGAAAAAGGUGGUAUCAUCAACGGAAACACUGGGGAAAAGAUUUCUAUUAUCAACUUGGACGAAGAGUAUGAGGAUUUGAUGAAGGAAAGUUGGGUCAAGUAUGGAACCAAGUUGAAAAUUAAGGAGAUCCACGACUUGUUACAACACUUACCUAGGUCAUCUUCUGUUGCAAUUAUUGAUGUGGAUGACUUGCAGAAAGAAUUGUUUACUGACUCGGGUGCUGGUACCUUGAUUAGAAGGGGAUACAAGUUGAUCAAUAGAGACUCCUUGAAGGAAUUUGGCAAUCCCGAUUUAUUGAGAACUGCUUUGUUGAGAGACCCAGAAAUCAAAGCUGGUAAGUUGUCAGUUGCUUCAUACUUGAAAUACUUGGAAUCUGUCAAUUUCAAAAGUUAUGGUGAUGAGCCAUUGGAAGUUUUGGCCAUUGUAGUCGACAAAGAGGGUACUGUUCCUAAAUUGGAUAAGUUCUUGUCUUCAAAAACUGGUUGGUUAAACAAUGUCACCGACAAUAUCUUCAACUCGAUCAAAAAGGAUUUCAAGUCAUUGUGUUGGAUCGUUGAUGAAAAUGAUGCUAAUUUAUCAUGGUAUUUCUCCAAAUCUGAUGGUUCGUUUGCCAAGAAUGGACAAAUUAUAUUUUGGUACGGUUUAAACACUGAACAAGCUAGUGAAUUGAUAAAGGACUUUGACAACUCAGCAAUUGGCUCGUCAUUAUCUUCAAGUAAAGAAUCUGGUGUAUUUUCCACUAAUCAGCAAAAGAGAGGUCUUCAUACAAGAAGUUUCGCAACAGCAACUUCAUCGAACCCAAAUCCCCCAUUGAAAGAGGGAAAAAGUCAGGAUAAGAAAAAAGUUGCUUUAAUUGGAGCAAGAGGUUACACUGGUCAAAAUUUAAUUAAGCUCAUUGAUAAUCAUCCAUACCUUGAGAUCUCCCACGUUUCAUCUCGUGAAUUGGAGGGUCAACAAUUGAAAGGCUACAACAAAGAUACCAUUAUAUAUUCAAACUUGCAACCCGAAGACAUCAAGAAAUUAGAAGAAAAUGGAGAAGUUGACAUUUGGAUCAUGGCUUUACCCAAUGGUGUUUGUAAGCCAUUUGUUGAUGUUAUUGACUCUAUUGGGAAUCCAGAUUCAAGAAUCGUGGACUUGUCUGCUGACUACAGGUUUGAUACUUCAGGAAAUUGGGUUUAUGGAUUGCCGGAAUUGAAUGAUCGUCAAACCAUUGCCAGUGCCAAGAGAAUUUCCAAUCCGGGAUGUUAUGCGACAGCAGCCCAAGUUGCUAUUGCUCCAUUGAAGGAAUACAUAAAUGGAAAACCUUCUAUUUUUGGUGUUUCUGGCUACUCUGGUGCCGGUACCAAACCAUCUCCUAAAAAUGAUGUCGAGAAUUUGACAAACAAUCUUAUCCCUUAUUCAUUGACUGAUCAUGUCCAUGAAAGAGAAAUCUCGAACCAAUUAGGCUUGACUGUGCAUUUUACACCUCACGUAGCGCAAUGGUUCCAAGGAAUAUCACACACCAUCAAUAUUCCAAUCAAGCAAGGUUCACUAACUUCAAGAGAAGUGAGAAACAUCUUUCAAGACAGAUACAAAGGAGAAGAAUUGAUCACCAUCACUGGUGAAGCUCCCUUGGUUAAGGAGAUCAGUGGUAAACAUGGAGUGGUGGUUGGUGGAUUUGCGGUAAACUCAAACGAAGAUAGAGUUGUUAUUGUUGCCACUAUAGACAAUUUAUUGAAGGGUGCUGCAACUCAAUGUUUACAAAACAUCAACUUGGUGCUGGGUUUUGGUGAGUAUGAGGGUAUCCCACUUGAUCAUUAG